UAUAGUGACUUGGCGUUUGGAUGGUUCAGACAUAAGCUAUCAGCUAGUCAUAUUUAGAUUCAAGUUAAACUAUACACCCAAAUUUUAAUUGUAUUAGUCACUGAUAUUAACAAUAUCAGCGCUAGUCGAUAUUGUGGCAAAUGUUAUAGACGAGUAAAUUUAAAGCGAUGUCGGGUAGUGAUUCGAUAAUUGACGAUUCGGUUACAGAAUUUAGUGAUUUUAAACGAGAGAUGACACGCGAUAUGACGCAAUCUACCCAAGUGUUUACGGUGUUGUUUUCCUGAGUGCAUCGAUUCAAUAAUCGAUAAAAAUCGAUACAAACAAUUUAAUUAUCGAUACAGUGACAUCCCAAGUGGUCGCAGUCCUUUUUUAAGUGACGGCCUAAUUUCGAACGAGUUUACAUCGGCUUCAAGUUGGAUUUCAAGGGCGUUUCUUCUUGUUUGGGGGCUUUGGGAACUUCCCCUGCCCCCUCGGUCCACGCGACCACCGAGGAAUUGUCCCAUCAACAAUUCAACAUCUUCCCGGCGAUUUUCAGUAGGCAAUUGAAUUUUAACGCUUGUCCCCAAUCGAAAACAAUGAUGGACGAACUCAGGCCGAAUUUGGUAGGCGUGGGGAAUCUUUUGGGUGUCGGCGGGCUGCUCGACGACCACCACGGACAUUUGGGAGGUGGUAGCAAUAACGCGGAGAAGAGCGGGACUAAUAGAAAAUGUAAUAGCGCCAGCGGAUCUUCGGCCGAAGACUUCAACGCUAUUUACGGGGGAUUACCCCAUUCGCAUGAUCACCACGGUCAUACUCCGGCCCAUACUCCUCCUUCAGCCGGACGACCCAUUAACGACCAUAACGAAGGCGCAUUCAAAAAAUUGAAACCCGAGCCUCAGACGACGCCCAGCGGUACCACAUUAGGAACCGUUUCGCCUAGCAAUGGACCACAACACGCAGGUCACACUCCGACAACAGCUUCCUGUCCCACACCUGCUCGAAGAAGGCACCGCACCACGUUCACGCAAGAACAGUUGGCGGAACUGGAAGCCGCUUUCGCGAAAAGUCACUACCCCGAUAUUUAUUGUAGAGAAGAAUUAGCGAGAAGUACGAAGUUAAACGAAGCUAGAAUACAGGUAUGGUUUCAAAAUCGACGAGCCAAAUACAGGAAACAAGAAAAGCAACUUCAGAAAGCGCUGGCUCCGAGCGUGUUGCCCGGUUGCAAUGGCGCCAUGAUGCGGAAUAUCUAUCCGGGGGCGGCGCGAGGGUAUCAGCCCUAUCCACACCCGACGGCUAUCAACAGAUACCCCCAGAUGGGUACAACAACAUAUCCCGGUAUGGCUCAAUCAUUUUCUAUGUCUCACGGUACAAAUAUGAGUAGCGUUACUGGUAUGAGACAAGACGCAAUGAGUAUGAGCGCUGAAGAUGAAUGGUAUAAUAAAAGCCUAUCUGCCUUAAGAAUGAAUUCUACACAUCAUCCUAAUUUAGCCGCACCCAUGCUGCAAUAUCAAACGUAAUAGAAAACUUCGUCUAAUUCAUUUUCCUAUUAUCGAUGUUUUUUUAACAAAGACACAAAAACUGACAUAAAAAAUCAUAUUUAACAAACGAAUAUUAAAUACAAUAACAAAAUUUACAGUAGAGAUAAUAGAAAAUCGUAAACAAUUGACAUGUAUUUUAUUUCACUAAAUACCUCUUCAAUAAUUAACACUCACCCUGUAUUUAAUUAUUUAAAAUCAACACGUGCAAUAAAUUAAAAGAUUUUUUCAUAAUUUUCAUGUCAAAUAAUGAGAUAUGUAUAUAAAUAUUGAUCUCGACGUAUAUUUUUUUUACAUAGAGUGAUUACACAUAAAGGUAAUAGAUAAAUCAUAAUACGCAAUUUGAGUGAUAAUGACAUUUCGAUAAGAGAGAAAGAAAAUCAGAGUUUAUAUUUAAUUGUAUAUGUAAUGUUUGUAUCUCUAUCUCUCUCGUAUACGCGCAUCUAUCCGGCUGGUUUAUCACUUCUACCUUAAAUUUCUCUAUGGUUAUUGAAGAAUAUGGCUAACAAACAGAUGGUAGUGACCACUACCUAUUUUAUUUUUUUGUGACGACUUAAUUGAAAAAAAGUUAACUCUAUAACAUAUUUGUAUAUAAAAAAUGUUUUUCUUCGUGAUCAUUAUUAAAUUAUUGUGACUUUUUUGUAAAUACGUAAAUAGGAAUGUAAACGUUACAAAAUAAUAUAAAUUCUUAAUUAGAGAAAAUGUUUGUAAAAUAAAACUUUCUACCAAAUGUAUUCGUAAUAAAGUAUUAAGAUUUCUUUUUAUACCGUCUAACAAUGUAGAAGUAAAUAAAGGGGAGAUAGUUUGAAGUUUAAUAAAAACCGUCCAACAAUAAAUCGAAAAAAGAUAAAUAUGACAGUUGACAAUUUUCGAGCGAUUUAUUUAAAAUACAUCUGCCAAAUUGUUAGACGGCGUAUUCAAUUAAUAGAAACAUUUUUAAAAAUUCUAGAUAGCACAUGAUAUCCAUAUAUCUAAAUAAAUAUUUUUAAUUUAUAUUAGUUCUAAAUAGGUUCUGUACAGCCCUCUAUACUUCGAAGUCUAAACUACCAAUAAAUUUUAAUGUAGAAAUUAAAAUAUUUCUACUUUAUAUUAUUAAUAUUUGUGUUUGUAAUGACAUGUCGUGUUGUAAUUUUAUAGAGCUCAAUCCAGUUGAUAUUAGUUAAAAAUUUACCUUUAUUUGUGUUACAGAUCUAUUGAUAUGCACAAUAAUGUUUUUUUCACUAACAACACUUUGAUAAUUACACUUCUUAACACACGUUUCAACACUUAACACAAUUGAACAUGUUGCUUCGUACGAAAGUAUAUUAAAACUAAUUAAUUCCCGCGUAAUUAACGCGCGCGAAAAUUGUACCCCACCCAAAUAGGCGAUUCGUUUUAUUUUUUCCUGGAAUCUGGAAUACAAUUUUGAGCAACAUUAUAAAAACAAUUUAAAUUAUAAAUAUGUCUUAUAAUUCAUACUCUUGUGCUAUCUAGGAUUAUCAAUUUUACUAAAAAAAUGUAGUAAAAAAAAAACAAAAUUAUAUAUGUAAAAUACUAACUGUGCAUUUCGUGUGAUUGUAUUUAGACUUUUGAAAUGUAAAAUUGUAUAUAGUGAAUAAACAAGUAUGUAAACUAUUAA